UUAAGAAUAAUUGAAUGACAAAUGAUUUUUUAUUUGUAUUUGUAUUGCUAUCGCUGUCAAAGUUCUUUUAUGACAAUUAUAAAAUGUGGUAUGGUAUGUAUGAACUAACUUGAAACGUGGAAAAAAAUAAUGUAAUUAUUCAAUAAGAACUAAAGUAAAUAAAAUGAGACUACCAGUUACUCCAAGAGUAUUUUGAAUUUAUAUUGUUAUCUGUUUGAUAGUUAUAUCUUAUGAUAGGAUAUCUGUUUGUCGUCUACCUACUGCUGAAUAAACCAUGAACAGUGUGGAUGUUAAAAGUGAACCAGUUAGUGAUCAAGGUGACGACAAAGCGUUUAUAAAUACAUUAUUAGGUGAAAUGAAAAGCCAGUUUAAUAGGGCCGAACUUAAAGUUGAUUGUAGUAUAAAGACUGAAGAAGAUAUGAUGAAUGAUAUGUCUUUAAAAUCUAGUCCCGUUAAUGAAGUACAAUUAGGAACGACUGAGUCUGACUUAAGUACAAAUGAGAGUGAAUAUAAAGAGUCCCCUAAAACUGACGGACUUCCUCAAGUUGACGACUCAUCUAAUGAAGAAGAUCUGGAUGGCAAACCUCGAAUUGUUUUAUUGUUCAAGAAACCGAGUGAUGAAACUAGUCCUACUAAAAAUAAAGACAUUACGCCAGGUAGAAGAUCUCUGCGAAAUAAGCACAGUUCUGUAGAUGAAGCGGUGGAUGAGAGUAUUCCGAAACGUUCAUCUAGACGUAGAAGUAAAGACUGUAGUGAGUCUAUUUUACAGAGUGCAAUAGCUAGAAAGGAAAAGUCUUACAAUGAAGCAAAUAAACCACAGAGAUUGACGAGACAACUUAAACCAACGCCAAAGAUACUAGAAAAUCUAGCAUUAGCAAAACAAGAAAAAACUAAACUUAAGUCUCCUAAAAGUAUCGAUAAAAAUAAUCAAUAUGAUAGUGAUAAUGAACUGCAAAAUUGUGAAAAUGGACUAUCUGGAACACCAAAGAAAACUAAAAAGAAUGCAAAGUACUCCAAGAAAAAUGCUAAGAGAUUGAAAAUCAGUCAUAAUGUAGAAAGUGAAAAAGAAUCUGAUUCAGAUCCAAGCUUAUCCCCUGAUCAGGAAUCUAGCUCAGACGUUAGAAAAAUUGCAAGAAGAUCUCAGCGUUUAUCUUUGAGUAGGAAUAAAGAGGAAUUUGAUGAACCUUCUGGUCCAAGUCCAAAUAUAGCCGACCAGGCUAAAGACUUCCCAGAUGAUCCAGAAUGUUCCUCUGUAGGGGCACAACUGAUAGCUUCACGUCUAUGUUUAUGCACACAGAAAACUACGCUGUUUGCUGAUGCUAAUGAAAAUGAUACCAUAUUUUGCACUGCUGUUGACAGCAUUGGCGAAAAACUAAUAGGAUGCAGCAGAGAAGUCGAUUUUAAAGAAACACCUCUGCUGAGACCUUCACAACGUGUACCUUACCUGGUUCUUUGUGACUUGCACAGAAAUAGAUUGCUCAGGCAUAAUUGUUGCCCUACUUGUGGAAUAUUUUGUACCCAGGGAAAAUUUGUUGAGUGUGACGCCAAACACCAGUACCACCGAAGUUGUCAAAUUUCGGUGGGUAGUAUGGAGUGUUGCCCACAUUGCGGUCUUUCCACACCAAGUCACGACAUUGUCAUUACCAUGCAAUGUUCAAAAAAACCCAUAUUUCUACCAGUACAAAAAAAUAAUUACUCGUCUGCUAAAAUGAGUUUUCCGAUUAUUAAAGAAAGUUCCACUUGUGCCACCCCAUCGCUACUUCCUAUCGAAAAUUUCCAAAUUUCCAAUGCGUAUGAAUUGAACGGGGAGAUCUUCUCUGAACACGAUCUCAUGGAAGCUUUAAAAGAAGGUGACAUCGACAGAUUAGUGUCCAUAAUAGCUUCAGAUACAGUCGAUCUUCAUUUAAAAAUCUUAGAUUUCAACAAUGGUAACCUGUUACAUUAUGCCGCCCAUCAAGGGCUUCUCGCGGUCUGUCACCUGCUUGUCACUGCCAGUGUCGAAAUGGACGAUUUUGACAAGGAACAAAAUACUCCUUUGAUGUUGGCGAUAACCUCUAACAAAAACGAUGUUGUGCAAUAUUUAAUUAAAGCCGGGGCUAGUAUUACUAUAAAGGGUACGGACGGUAUGACAGCUCUCCACAUUGCAGCGAAAUGCGGCAAUCUCACGGCGUGUCAAAUUUUGCUUCAAGCCGCUGCUACGAUUAACAAUUUUGUGAAUAGCCAAGACGACGGAGGCUGGACCCCCUUAGUUUGGGCAUGCGAGCACGGUUACAUAGACGUGGCCAAUUAUCUUAUCGUUAAAGGUGCAGAUCCUUGUCUUAGAGAUGUAGAACACAAUGAAGCUUUGCAUUGGGCCGCGUUUAGUGGCAGCUCGAAUAUAGUUGAACUGCUGUUAAAUAGGGGGUGCGACGUUAAUACAGUCAAUGCUCAUGGCGAAUCUCCUUUACAUAUCGCUGCCAGAGAAGACCGAUAUAAUUGCGUGAUAGUUCUCCUGGCAAGAGGUGCUAACGUGUCAUUAGUUAAUAAAAAUAACGAGACCCCAUUAGAGUGUUUACCUGAAGACGGAGAAAGUUAUAACGUGAUAGCCCUAAAUCUUAAACUGCAAGCAGUCGCAGGUACCGAUUUCAAAAACUACAGAACCCUGCUCUCGAAUGACAUAUCACGAGGAAGAGAAGUUAAUCCUAUACAAUGCGUGAAUGCCGUGGACGAUGAACCGGAGCCGAGAGAUUACGUUUACAUUACAAGGAAUUGCAGAACUACCGAUAAUUUUAACAUCGACACAAAAAUAAACACCCUUCACACAUGCAGUUGUAGUGAACGCUGUGUUACGGAAGAGUGCGAUUGCACCAAGUUAUCCAUGAAAUGUUGGUAUGACGAGGAGGGGAAACUCACUUCUGAUUUCAGUUUCGCAGAUCCUCCUCUCAUUUUCGAAUGUAACGAAGCAUGUUCAUGCAACGCUAUUACCUGUCGGAACCGAGUGGUGCAGAAAGGCUUACAGCAACGGUUUCAACUGUACAAGACUGAUACAAAAGGCUGGGGCGUGAAAACACUGAGGUUCAUUCCUAGAGGUAGUUACGUGUGUGAAUAUGUUGGAGAAAUGCUAACUGACGUUACGGCAGACCAGAGGGAAGAUGACAGUUAUUUGUUCGACCUGGACAAUAGAGAUAGCGAGUCUUUCUGUAUAGACGCCAAAUAUUACGGUAACUUUUCAAGAUUCAUAAACCACUGCUGUAGUCCGAAUCUGCACCCCGUUAAGGUAUUCAUCGAUCAUCAGGAUCUGCACUUUCCUCGAAUCGCUUUUUUUGCCAAACGAGACAUCCCAGCUGAGGAAGAAUUGAGUUUUGAUUAUGGGCAUAAGUUCUGGCUGGUUAAGUACAAGUCCUUUACCUGUGAGUGCGGCAUACCCGAGUGCAAAUAUUCCGAUGAAGCAAUCCAGCAAACAUUAACUAGUUGCAAACAAAUGGUGACAGAUCGUAAUGUCUAAGAUCUUUACACUACGGUGGGUUGACGUUUUAGGUUUCCAAAUGAUCAUUUAAGAGGAAACAAAAGAUGUAAGGUGUUGAAUAAUGUUUAAUAUUUACUUGCCUUGUAUAGUUGAGAAUUUGUUUGACAUUUUUCAUUCGGUAUUGAUUUGACGCAAACAAAUACUGGAAGAUGCCCUUUAUGUCGUAAAAGGCCUG